GUUUAUUUAAACAGCCUUUGAGCCUAAGUCAAUGUAGUGGCCAAUAUAUUCCAAGGGCAACAGACAGUGGAACGGUUAUCAUCACGUGAUACAGAUAAAAGUCAACUUUCGCCUCCCGUUAAUUCUGGCCAAUCCAUUCUAACAUGGACAUCGAAGACGGGAAAUAAUUCUAAAGCCCUGUAUAUCAAUCGAGCGAUCUACGAGGCUUCUGAACCACGCAACAGUCGUACUUUCAUUUUUACUUUGGAAGUCGAUGAUAGAUUGUUUGGAGUGAAGGACUUCUUCUGACCCAAAUCAGCCGGCAUCCUGCCAGCCAUGACUAUUGGAAAGAAACGCAAGCGCGGUGAUACUAGGGAUGAGGAUGACCCGACAAUGGGCCCUAGCGAAGGCUCAAAUGGAUUUGGAGUAGCUCAGACUCUUUCAGCUCUCCAGGCUUCCUCAAUAGCUGCAUCAGAGCAGACAGAUAGCACUGCAGAGACAGAGAAAGCUGUCGAUCAGAACGGUUCCACAGAGACCAGAGCCGUGAAGAAAAGACGCGGUGCUGAUGGCGAGAAGACCAAAUAUCCGACUUUGACAUAUAUUCAUGGCAAGUUGCAAUCUUCUAUACGCAUUGCCGACCUCCAAGGCCUGCUGCUCUACUGCUUCGCGGAUGGUAUUGCACCCCAAUGGAUUUCUGUGAAACAUUCAGGUCAUGUUCGGAAGGUCGUUGUUUUGAUGGUCCCCGGGCUUGAACUGGGCAUGUUUGACGGUACUAUUCAGUUGGAACCAAAGCCAGUGGAAGAGACCACUCAGGCAGAGGAGCCCAAACAAGCCGAUGGGAAGGAUGAGGGAGAAGAUCCAAAGGCCGAAGACUUCGUUAGGUGGAAGCAAGGCCUACCUCUGAGAGAUCGAUCUGAGCGCUUCAGUCCAAAGCCACUUUCAAAGGAUACACUUCCCCAACCGUUGCAGCCUUUGGCUGAUAUGUUUCCCCAUGUUUGGCCUGUUAAGGCACCUGGGGAUUCGAAGUACAACAAGGUACACUCUCCUCUCCAGGCGAUACUGUUAUCUUCUUUGCCAAAAACCAAAGAGAGCAGCAAUCAGGGUAAAGGGCCAAAACCACCAAGAGUGGACAAGAAUUACGUUUCGCAACGAACCCCGGUUACGACAUUCAUCGCCUCACUCAGCGAUCUCCGAGAGAAUGACUACGUACUUCACCCAGCGCUCUUCCCUAGCGAGAAGGACCGGGACGCAGAUCUCGAGGCCCGCAAGCGAGCUGGAACGUCUGCGGAAGAAGGCUGGGUUGACACGAAUGUCCCCAGCCUGGCUGACGGCGAUGUACCUGAAGCAGAGAUUCAGCAAGGGAGCAUGACGGCUGGCCGUCAAAUACUUGCUCUGGACUGUGAAAUGUGCAUUACUGAAGGUGGAAAAUCGGAGCUCACUCGUAUCAGUCUCGUCAGCUGGGAUGGCGAGGUAGUGCUGGAUGAACUUGUCAAGCCCGAAAGACCUGUCAUAGACUACCUGACGCGAUUCUCUGGUAUCACUAAAGAGAAACUGGAUCCCGUCACUACGACUCUCCAUGAUAUUCAGCAGAAGCUGCUUUCUAUUCUUACUCCGCGAUCUGUCCUUGUCGGACACUCCCUAAACUCCGACUUAAAUGCGUUGAAGCUCACGCAUCCCUUCAUCAUCGACACCUCCAUCAUCUACCCCCACCCGCGUGGACCACCUCUGAAGUGCGGACUCAAGUGGCUUACUCAGAAAUAUCUGGGCAAGGAAAUCCAGAAGGGCAUGGCUGGCCACGACUCAAUCGAGGAUGCGCGUGCGGUGCUCGAACUCGUCAAGCAGAAAUGCGAGAAGGGCGAGCGCUGGGGCACCAGCGAUGCUUCCAACGAGAGCAUCUUUCGCCGUCUAUCCCGCUCAGUUAAAUCAGGGAAAGUCGGCUCUGGCGAAGGACGUACAGGCGCCGUUGUAGACUGGGGCAGUCCCGAGCGUGGCUUCGGCUCGCAGGCAACAGUUGCAAUCGGUUGCAACACGGACGAGGACGUCGUAGCGGGCGUGAACAGGGCAGUCAACGGCGAUGAGAACGACUCAUCCAUUCCAGCCGGAGGCACCGAUUUCACCUGGGCUCGACUCCGCGAGCUCGAAGUCCUCCGCGGAUGGUGCAAUCGCCGUCCCGACCCCAACAAUGCCAACGAGUCGACGAGCCUAGUUCCCCCGCCAGAGGAGACCACGCCCACCACGUCUGCUACCACAACUGGAGCCACGGCAUCUGAUCCGCCAGCAGAGGUGCUAUCUCAAACCGUAUCUCGCACGGUAUCGAACAUUGCUCAAAUAUACGAUUCGCUCCCGUCCUGCACGCUGUUCAUCGUAUACUCUGGAACUGGCGACCCGCGUGAAGUGGGCCGUUUGCAGUCCCUGCACAAGAAAUACCGCGAAGAAUUCCAGUCACGGAAACCAUGGGAUGAGCUGAGUGUGAAAUGGACUGAUCGAGAAGAACAGGCCUUGAAAAAGGCAUGUGAGAGAGCUAGGGAAGGAUGUGGGUUUAUGUGCGUGAAAUAA